UGGCCGUGUGGGAACACUAACCCUAUCAAGGUGUGUAUCAAUUUAACUUUUUUUAAAUAGAAUUUCUAGCUGAUAUGGAAUAUAAGGUCUUUAUGCUUCCAAAACCGUACCGCAAGCGACAGUUGUUAAUGUUCAGAUUGAGUGUUGGGGCUCUUAACAAAACUCCCCGUACAGACUCUUAUGUGUAACGUAAUGGAACUGAGAGUCAUAUCAAGGGCUAUGUGCAGCCUUAGCUAUGGAAAUUAGGUAUCAGCCUUGUCAGUGACACACACAGAUUACAAUCCCAAAGAGUUUACACAAAUAUUUGCGUCAUAGUUUAUUGCAUGAUUUUGACCCUGGGAAAUCACCUCCCCAGUUAGUCUAUUGCGUUGUUGAACAUUUAAUAUUGGACAGUACUAUGGCGUGCACACCAAUGAAAUGGGGUUAUCAGCCUACUCAGUGACACCCACAAAACACAACACAAAUAUGCAGUCUAAUACACUUUGAAGGCAAAUCGCAAAUUCCUCUUUUGUGGCUAAUCCUUAUUGUCGCUAGCUUCACAGGCCACACCGCCACACAAGACACAUCCACAGCUGUGCGGAAAUGACACUGCAGGCGCGCGCCCCGACACGUAACGCGAGACGACACAGACCCCUCUUCCAAAAAAGGAGAAACACGAACAGUGUGAAAUUCCCACGGCAGAGAUGUUGACCACGUCUUCCAUUACUGCAAAGGAAUACAUUAAACCGUAAAGGAUAUGAAUUCCUCUGACCAUAGGGAAAACACAGAUGGCGAAAUGCUGGAGAUAGAGCGAGAACCCAUUCAAGACAUCAAGACGGAGACAGAUGAAUGUACUAUUAGUGAGACAACUGAAGGACCCCGCAGAUGGUACCUUGGAACUAGUGAGGCCACCAGGAAACGUAUUGCCAAGGACAUGGGCUGUGACUCACACAAUUCUGAAUUGCUCCAGUCUACCAGCAGCAAAAGAGUCAGGGUCUCUAGUGAGGCAGGGCGGCGCUUGCUGAGGAGAUUGUCUGAAGAGUCCACAAGGCCACAAUCUCUCUGCCUGACAUCUGCAGAGAAGGACCCUGCCCAGGAGAAGACUAUAGCCUCUUACAGGAAGCCUCUGUACAGCAUCUCUCACAGAAUCACAGAGAAGAAGCACAUAUCAAGCCUGGACCAGCAGGCUCAGCAUGAGGGAGGAGUGCAGCUAAGCUACAGCAAUCUCUUAUCCCCUCAACUGGUCAAUACAGGGGAGCACAGCCGAAGUGAACCCCUCUCUGCCCUGGGGGCAGCAGGGUCCAUGUCUUCAACAGACUCUAAUCUAUACUCCCUCAUUGAGAAGAUGUUUUUCAUCCUCAAUACGCUUAACUCAAGCAUGACCCAACUGCACAGCAAGGUGGAUCUACUUUCCCUGGAGGUCACUCGCAUCAAGAAACAGGUCAAACCCUCAGAGAUGGCAACUGAGUUCCAGCCUCCUCCAGAAUACCUGUUGACAAGUGAGGAGCUGAGUCAACUGAUGGAGCAGACAUCAAAUGCUGGCGAGUUGGGUUGUCGACUGCUAGUACAUCUCUUCCCAGAACUUUUUAAAGCCAAGGUGUGCACUCCUGGUUGUAUUGUCAACAAGAGAACGUUGGAUUCCCUACAGUUGCAGCUAAUACGCAACUAUGUGAAGGUGUGUUUUCCUCUGGUAAAGAAUAACAACAUUUGGCAGGAUGAAUGCCUAUUACAGAUUAAUAACUUCUUUAACCGCUUCUGGGCUCAGAAGGAUAUGGAGAGCGGGCCACAGUCAUGUGGGAGACAGACUAUUACAGACUUUGGUUUAAAAGCUGAACGGAACCAGCCCUGCCAUUUUAUAAAUGAGGAGGGGAAAGAAGUGCACAUCGACUUAGACUCCAAUAGUGACCACACCAACAAUAAAGUAGUAGUGCCAGACCUUGUGUUUGACACUCAGGAGGUUGGAGAGGAUCUUGAUAAGCUCUCCUCCCCUGAAGACUUUAUGUUUCUUGUAAACAGAGUUUUCCCAGAGGUUUUUAAGGAGGGGAAAUUACCAGAGGGUAGUGUGGGAAAGAUGAUCCUGGACUCGGACAGGAUAGAGAUUAUCCGUAAGUACAUGGAAGCUAAUUUUCCUGACGUCCCAGAGGAUAGUUGGCUGCAUGUGUGUGUGCAGCGCAUAGAAGAUGCAAUAGAGGGUUAUCACAGUAACGGUAAUGGCAGUGAGCCUGAGAACAUGAACGAUGAGAGCUAUGGCUCCACAAGCCUCCCUGAUGAUGUCUCUAUCAUCAAGAUCAGUGACAUGUGUGACUACGAGAGACCGGGUCAUAGGUCAAAAAAGUCGUUGCUUGUGCCAGUCGAUUUUGAACAACUUGAGAUCCCCCUACCAGAUUUCAGUGUGCCUCAAGGGUAUCUGCUCUCUAGGGAGCAACUGAGGAACAACUAUGACGGUAGCUUGUCAAUUGGGAACUUUGCCUCUCGCCUCUUGGUACUUACAUUCCCUGAGCUCUUCACCUACGAGAACACACGGAAGCAUUACAACUGUAGUGGCUCUCUCGGGAAGAAACAGCUUGAUCCUGUGCGGGUCAACCUUAUUCGCCACUAUGUAGAGCUACUAUAUCCACAGGCCAAGAAUGACAGAGUGUGGACCCUGGAAUUUGUGGGUAAACUGGACGAGCGGUGCAGGCGACGAGACAUGGAACAACGGAGGUCGUACCAGCAGCAACCCAAAGUCUAUGCUCCGGAGUUGGAGCAAGGGCCUGUGGACUUUGUGGCUGCUUGCCAAGUGAACCAGCUCAACACAGAGCACUUGGAGGACUUUGAGAUCCCUCCACUACCCCCUGAAAAAAGUAGCAAAGACUUCUGCAUGAUCCCCCUGGAGGAAUUGAAGGUGUCGAUUCCAGACUUCCCAGUGCCUUUGGUCUACUUGCUCUCAGACACUGAGGUGCGAGAGAUUGUCCAGCAGAGCCUUUCAGUGGGAAACUUUGCCGCCCGCCUACUGGUGCGCCUCUUCCCUGAGCUCUUCACUCAGGAGAACCUGCGGCUUCAGUAUAACCAUUCAGGCGCCUGCAACAAGAAGCAGCUGGAUCCAGUGCGUCUCAGGCUCAUCCGCCACUAUGUAGAAGCCGUGUACCCAGUUGAGAAGAUGGAGGAGGUCUGGCAUUAUGAAUGUGUGCCAAGCAUAGAUGAGCGAUGCCGGCGGCCCAACCGCAAGAAGUGUGACAUUCUGAAGAAGGCCAAGAGAUCAAAUACUGUGUCCUAGUAGCAAAGCUAAAGACUAUUUUUUAUUCUAAAUAUUUGCACAAGUACAGAAGCUGAAUAGCAUAGUGGAGCCUUUGCACACUGUCCUGUUUAGGAUAAGGCCAACUUGUAAAGGCAUUUAAUUAGUACUCAAUGUAUUUGUAAUAUUGAACUACAGUAUUAGUUUUUCAUCGUCUGCUUGUUUGAGAUUAUAGACUGUAUGUAUACACCAAAACAAGUGUCAUAGCUCAUCUAAUUUACCCUGUAUAUAAGAUGUAUAGCCUUAACAAUAACCAUGUAAAUAUUACAAAGACAGAUCACAGGCAAAGAUGGAUAAAAAUGGUGAUUGUUUUUUCCAUUGCUUGUGGCACUACUGGUCUUUUAUAACAAUGUUUUACCUUCUUAUAGAAUUUUGUAUUAUAAAUAUGUAUUAAACCAUGGCAACAGAUCCCGUUAAA